CUCUUAAAUCUAUAAAGUAUGCUGCCCAUCCACCAAAAAAGAAUCGAGAAGCCAAUUAUUUGCAUCCACAGAAAUGGCUCCGAGGAUCGCCGUCGGCCACCACCACGAAGUCCGGCAACCCGACUGUAUCAGGGCCGUUACUGCCGAGAUCAUCCUCACCUUCCUCUUCGUCUUCGCCGGUGUUGGCUCCUCCAUGGCCGCCGGGAAAGUGAUGGGAGGAGAUGGGACAAUAAUGGGGCUGACGGCGGUGGCGCUGGCGCACGCGCUGGUGGUGGCGGUGAUGAUAUCGGCCGGGCUGCACAUCUCUGGCGGUCAUCUGAACCCGGCGGUGACGCUUGGCCUAGCCGUCGGCGGUCACAUCACGCUAUUCCGGUCACUUCUCUACAUCUUAGCUCAGUUGAUCGGAUCUGCGCUGGCCUGCUUCUUACUCAAAUUCUUAACUGGAGGCUUGGUUUGUUUAAUUACUUUUUUUUUCUUGAUUAUUAGCAAUAAUUGGAAUUUAAGGUCUUUAGUUUAAUCUAUCAUUCCCACAGUGCAUGUGAAGUGUUCCUUCUUGCAGAAAUUUAUUUGAAUAUUUUAUUAAUUAAAAAUAUUCUGUGCUAUAUAUAAAUUAGCAGAGUAAUAAUUAUAAUUUAAUAAAAGAUUUAGGCUUCAUU